GUUUACUCAGACCAAAAAUGCUAACGUAGGAAGUUUAAAAGUGAGUAAUGAAACCGGCAACCCAUAGGAUGGGCUUACAACUAUCACAUUUACAUGUUUUCGCCAUACUCGGGAAUCCCUACCCUUAUUCUUGUCAAAGAUCUCUAUUUGGACUACUAUACCUGCGCGACCGUCGUGUGAACUUAGUGUCGUGCGGCUCAAGGGGGUGAUCAUCUUGGCCUGCCUUCUCCUUCCAUAAGUUAGAAUCAGGGCUUAUUCUUCUAUAUAUGUUUCAAACGAACCUGGGAUAUCGUAUCAUGGUCUAAUAGCCCUUUGGUUUUGGUACACUUGACAAACAGGUCCUGAAAAUGAAGCACAAAAUUGCAUCGAACAUGUGGGAGACGAAGAAAGGCCUGAUUAUCCAACUCUAUCAAGAUGAAGAAUGGCCUCUGAAACAAGUUCUCAAGAGAAUACGAACCCACACCUUCAAUCCAAGUGAGGUUCAGCUGAGGAGUCGCUUGAAGAAAUGGCGGAUCACCAAGUUAUCCCACCGCCGUCAUAAGAGAUCUCUCCUUAAUCAGCUGGAAGAUAGUGGCAUUAAAAGCUUCUCUAAGAAACCGUCAUCAGCAGACCAGACACCUGUCUACUCGAGAUAUGACGCGUCGCAGCCUACAGCACCGGCAACAAUGAAUAAAACUCUACCAGAAGAAGACCGGUAUUCUGCCGAAAGCGGCGGUACUACACAUUUGCCAUCCACUACAAGAGUUCUUGUUCCGCACACGAUCAGUAAUUCUUUUAUUCCGACCAUGUCGGCAGUGAGUCCGCAGUGUGAAUGUCAUGAUCUUCCAUCUGGAUACUGUCCUAGGUUAUCUCUCACCAGCCUCUACUGCCGGAAGCUUUAUAUGUUCAAAGGCGUGACUAACAUGCCUAAGUUUUAGCCUUCACUAUUCUGUCAGCGACUAUUGCACCCCACCUGUGGAGCGACCAGAGCCAGAAAUAGCAUCACCGCAACGGCCUGCGGUUUCCUGGUAUGGAAUGUUACUAGAUGAUGCGGUCCACUACUCGCCGUCACCCUUUUACAC